UCGGAAAGUUUAAGCACACAGUUUUUGUCAAAAUCUGUGCUCACAUUUUAAUUUACUCUCUACUUCUUGUUACCAGUCUUACUCGUGUUACUACACUAGCAAUCGUUAGCAGAAUCAAUAUACAGCUCAGAUCAAUCUUGUCAGAACUGAGAAACAUGUCAUUCGAUGAGAUCUGUCACAAACACCUAUACCUCGGUAACUACGGCUCUAUAAAGAAGGAGCCCUGCAAAACGUUCGGAAUUAGUCACGUGGUCAACUGUACACGUGACCUGCCUCCUCCAAACGUCAAGACUGUUCAGUUCCUCAGGGUACCAAUUGACGACAGCCCGAAUGACAAAAUUGGGAAGCACUUUGAGAAAAUGACGAGGAAAAUAUUUGACAUUAUUAAGACAGGAGGAAAGGUUUUGGUGACAUGCAGAGCAGGUAUCAGCCGAUCCACUACAAUGGUUAUAGCAUUCCUGAUGAGGUACCACAACAUGUCGCUAACAGACGCCCACAGACUCGUUAGAACACAGCGACCCAAGGUUCGGCCGAACGAUGGUUUCUGGAAACAACUGGUUGAGUACGAGAGAACGUUGUUCAACAAUUCAACAGUACAUUUCAUCAGAACCAAGGCUGGGGUUAUACCCAGCGUUUAUCUUGUGGAUACAGCCGUACAGAUGGCUACUGAAAAACAAGAAGCUACUUGA